ACCAGAUUCCACUUAAUCAUUCCCAUUUCUUUAAACCCCUUUAGGUUUUCUCUGGAGAUUUUGUGGAUAAAUAGGUGGCUGACGGUAAUGGCCAACCCCAUCGGAUGCAUGUGAAGCAACAACCAGAAACAGGCAUCAUCUUCAGACAAUGGAGGGUCGUAGGUUUCUGGUGUCGUCUCUGAGCUUUGCUCUUCUGUUGAGCGCGGUUUCGGCGCAGCUCAGGACGGGUUUCUACCAGAACACGUGCCCGAACGUCGAGUCCCUCGUCCGGUCGGCCGUGACCCAGAAGUUCCAGCAGACCUUCAUCACCGCCCCGGCUACUCUCCGCCUCUUCUUCCACGAUUGCUUCGUCAGGGGAUGCGACGCUUCGGUGCUCAUAGCGUCGGCCACAGGCAAUGACGAGAAAGACCAUCCCGAUGAUCUGUCGCUCGCCGGCGACGGAUUCGACACCGUGAUGAAAGCUAAGGCGGCAGUGGAUGGCGUUCCCCAGUGCCGGAACAAAGUCUCCUGUGCCGAUAUCUUGGCUCUUGCCACUAGAGAUGUCGUUUCGUUGGCAGGAGGGCCAUUCUAUAGUGUUGAAUUGGGGAGACGUGAUGGAAGAAUAUCAACUAAACUUGGUGUUCAACACAAUCUUCCUCAGCCUGGUUUCAAUUUGAACCAGCUCAACUCUAUGUUCGCUUCGCGCGGGCUCUCCCAAACUGACAUGAUCGCCUUGUCAGGUGCGCACACGAUUGGAUUCUCUCACUGCGGCAAAUUCUCCAAGCGGAUCUACAACUUCAGCCCGGCAAGGCGGAUCGACCCGACCCUGAACUUCGGCUACGCACUGCAGCUGAGGCAAAUGUGCCCGAUCAAUGUGGACCCCCGGAUCGCCAUCAACAUGGACCCCACGUCGCCUCAGAGGUUCGACAAUGCCUACUACCAGAACCUCCAACAAGGAAAGGGCCUCUUCACCUCCGACCAGACGUUGUUCUCCGAUCCGAGGUCAAGGGCCACGGUCAACCUGUUUGCGUCGAACAACGCUGCGUUCCAACAGGCCUUCGUCACCGCGAUCACGAAGAUGGGUCGGAUCGAGGUCAAGACCGGGAACCAAGGCGAGAUUAGGAUCGAUUGCACCCGCCCCAACUAGGAGUAUUUCUUUGGUCUAUGAUUUAAGCCGAGUUCUAUUUCAGUGGUCAGGACUUAGUGAGAGAGCAGAAUAACAAGUUUGUUGGCGAAACUAGUGAGAUCUGAUCAUGGGGAUGACUUUGUAUGAUAGAUCAAAUCCCCUGGCGAAUAAGGAAUUCCUGGAAAUCCAUAUUUAUGAA